AAAAUGUUGGUUUUAUUUACAGAUUGUGACUGAGUCUGAAAAUGAAAAUGAGACGUUACCAAGACUAAGACGCACUAAAAGCAUCAUAAUGGAAAAUGCUGAUCUGGACAAUUCUGAUGAACUGUAUGAUUCUACUCCAGAGAGUUCAGAUGAUUACAUUCCAGAUACAACUAGCGACAGCGAUAGUGACAGUAGUAGUAGCCUUAAACAAAACUCAAGGAAACGUCAGUCUCUUGAUUUGCCAAGUGACUCUGGAUCAGAUAGAUCACCUGUCUGUGACACCACAACUUCAGACAAAUUGGUUUUUGAAAGGCACCACCUUACAUCUGAAAACACUGAAACAGAAGAAGAACCUUGUUCAAGUCAAAGCAUAAGUAACAGCGUGGUUGUUAGUGCAUGCAAAAAACGAGGUGGGAAGAGAGUGUACGACAAGAGACAUUACUGCGUAUAUUGCCUUAAACCUUUUGCUAAGAUGGCAAGGCAUCUUCAAGGUGCACAUAAAAAUGAAUCUGAUGUUGCUAAAGCGCUAAGCUUUUCAAAAGGUUCCAGUGAGAGAAAGAAACAGCUGGAUUAUAUUCGUAACAAAGGAAAUUACAUUCACAAUGCUACUGUCAUGGAAUCAGGAAAGGGGAAGUUAGUACCCUUUAAGCGACCACCUAAAGAUGAGCAGGGAAAUGACUUCAUGCACUGUGCAUACUGUCAAGGACUAUUUACAAGAAAGGUUCUGUGGCGACAUAUGCGUAGCUGUCAAUUCAAACCUGGAUCAGUCGUCCCCAAACCAGGAAAGAACCGUGUUCAGUCCAUGUGUACAUACACAGGACCUGUGCCUUCACACAUUAGCAAACAGCUGUGGAAAGUAAUCAGCGCCAUGAAUCCUGACCCAGUCACUGAUAUAAUAAAGACUGACCAGGCCAUUAUUGACGUUGGGCAACACUUGCUAAAUAAAGGUGGGCUGUCAGCCAAAAACCAACAGUAUGUGCGAGAGAAGAUGCGAGAAAUGGGACGGCUCAUGUGCAGUGCCAGGAGAGUCACCAGCUUGAAAAAAAUGGAAGAUCUGAUAAAUCCACAAAACUACAUGGAGACUGUUGAAGCUGUUAGAAUCACAUGUGGGUUCAACAAUGAAACAAACAAGUUCUCUGUUCCAUCACUAGCAAACAAGCUUGGAAAUGUCCUAGUUAAAGUAAGCAAACUCUUAAAAGCUCAGGGUUUAAUCACAGAUAACAAGGAGCUUGUGAAGAAUGCCAGUGAGUUUCAAGAAGUUCAUCGGGAGAAGUGGAAUGAGAUGAUUUCAUCUGCAGCCUUAAGGAACAUCAGGGAAGCAAAGUGGAAUGUGCCCACCCUAAUGCCCUUUACCGAAGAUGUCCAAAAACUGCAUGCAUAUCUUAGUCAAGUGCAAGAUGAGUGGUACAAUUCACUCACAGAAAGUCCAUGUACAAAGGCCUGGAUGGAACUGGCAAAAGUGUGUCUGACCCAGAUCAUUCUUUUUAACCGACGCAGGGAAGGAGAGGUGGCAAGCAUGCCGUUAUCAGCAUAUUUAUCUAGAGACACUACCGAUCCACACGAGGAUGUGGACUGGGCGCUCUCUGAAGUGGAAAAAAAACUCUGCAGACACUUCUCUAGGAUCAUCAUCAGAGGAAAACGUGGUCGCCCAGUUCCAAUUCUGUUGACUCCAAAAAUGAUGUCUGCUUUAGAACUCCUUGUUAAACAAAGAGAGGCUUGUGGAGUUCUAAAAGAUAACAGUUACAUGUUUGCAAGACCGGAAGCGGCAACACAUUUCAGAGGUUCAGACUGCAUUCGUGGCUUCGCGAAGGCAUGUGGUGCGAAGUGUCCAGAGUCACUGACCUCAACCAGGCUGAGAAAGCAUGCUGCAACCCUUUCAACGGUGCUAAACAUGACAGACACAGAGAUGGACCAACUAGCCAACUUCCUGGGACAUGACAUAAGAAUCCAUCGUGAGUUCUAUCGACUCCCAGAAAAGACCCUGCAACUUGCCAAGAUCAGCAAAGUUCUUGUGGCUCUCGAGAAAGGACGAUUAGCUGAGUUUCAGGGCAAGAAUUUGGAUGAAAUUGGCAUAGAUCCUGAUGAAAAGGUUCAGGCCAGUGAUGAGGAAGAUGGAAGCAUACAGGAGGAAAUCUGCUCAUCCACUCCUGAUGAACUAUUGGCAGAAGAGACACUUCCUCCUGCAGAGAGGGAAGAAAUGCCUCCACCACCACCACCACCACCCUCCAAGAGGUACAAACCAUCGUCAGAAGUCAGUACUAAAAAUCCUUCAUCCAAAGGUAAACCUUUGCAAAAGAAGACUCCAUGGCAGCAGACAGAGGUGCAGGCAGUGGAAAAGCACAUGAAGCGCUUCAUUACAUCUUGCAUUGUUCCUGGAAAAGCUGACUGCGAAAAGUGCAUAAGAGCUGAACCAGAAGCCCUUAAAAACAGGGAAUGGCAGAAUGUAAAAUUUUAUGUCCAUAAUCGCAUUAUGUCACACAAGAGGAAAUUCCAGAAAAAAAUGUAAAGACUUUCAGGUAGGACCAUUUUUGUUCCUGUUCAUGCUUCAGCAAAAUAUACCACAUUGGUGGUUGUUCUGUUGUAUGUAUAUGUUUUAUAUAUAUACAGUGUUAAUUGAUGUUAAUUUGAGUUCAGCUUUACAUAACUCAUAACAACUGGAUUUCAUUGAGUUGUGAUAGUGAAAGUGCUUAAACCUGUUGCUGGGUGAUUGACUGUGGAUAAAAAUAUAAAAACAAAUGCUUGUAUCUGGAAAAAAAAAAGAAAAUAAAAGCUCUAACAGUGGGAACUUAAAGUGUUUGAAGGUUGGAUUGACUAUAUGAGUUUGCAAAUAUAUGGAAAAUUCCACUAUUCUUUGAACUUUUAUGCAAAUGGAAACAAAUGUUUUUUGAUUUACCCAAUUAUGUGUUUUACCUAACUGUAUCAUAGUGAUGGUACAAACACUGUAACAAGAAAUAUAAAGUUGUCUCAUAUUCAUGUAAAAUCCUGUAAUAUUACUCUACUCCCUCAGUCCAGGGCACUUAUCAGCUGUAGAUGGAGGCUAGGAGUAAAAAAAUACCAAUUCCCACUUUUAAUAACCAAUUAGAAUUUUAUUUAAUCAUAUUUAUUUCUCUAUCUUUGAAUCUGGUUGUGUUGUAUUAUUGCUGGACACAUGCUAAAUCUCUAUACAUCAUUUAUGAACAUUUAAGCUAAGCUAAAAUUCAACAUGUUUUUGUUUAUUUCAGGAUCUUAUAAUUUGCUGUAGAUUAAACCUGAUUUAGAUUUAUUUGUAAUGCAUUUAUUGUUUUUGCAAGGUCCCCACUAAACACACUGGAAUUUGUGUGAAUUAUUUAAAUAAUAUGCAGAUAAUAUUAAAAUUAUGUCCCCAUUAUUAAUGUUAACUUGAUUUUCUAAGGUCCCCAUUUAGCAUGGUCAUGACAUCUUACUUGCUCAAAUUGGAUAUUUGAAGUCGUGUAUAAGCUUACAAAAAAUCGGUAAGUAUGGAUUAUUAUUUUUGUACCUCUAGUACCUUUAGAAAGGGUCGUCCCCACAGGUGACGUUCAUAACAUUGGUCCCCAUCCAGCAUGGAAACCAACAUGUGUGUGUUAGUGUGUGUGUGUGUGU